CUUUGGUAAAUUGAAAACUGAAUCUCUGUAAGAAAAUAUUUUUAAAAAUAUUUUAAAUACAAAUUACGAACAUAAAUAAUUUUUAAUCAGGUAGACCACUAGUCACUAGUUAUUUUAAAGUGCAUAUUGCAGCAUAUGAAGUUUGUGGCGAUUGUAUGAUGGGUUGUAUGAUUAUGAAUUAUGAAAUGAGUAUGUAAAAUUAUUGUUAUAUACUUUCCAAAGUCCAACCAAAGUAAGUGACCAGAGCCUGCCAGAGCCAGAGUUGUUAAUUAGGAUGAUUGGAAGCGAUUUCUAACCUAUCAGUAGUCAGUAGCCUAUCAAUCAUUUUUAGUUUUACUUAGCCUACUUUUAGUUUGAGUCAUUUAUUUGAUUUAUAAUUAUUAUACUCGUUUUUCAUAUUCAUCACCUACAUUACAUAUCCCCAUUUAAUUUAUGAUGACCAGAUGUUGUUGUUUUUUUUGUGGGGGGGGGGGGGGGGGGGGGAUGAAGGUUGCAUCCCCCUCACCUCGAACCCAAAAUCAGUUGCUGAAAAUUUAUUGAAAGUAGACAUGCUUUCCUGAGGGCAAAGUAAAUACUUCAUCAUUAGUAUCAGUGUGCAUAGUACGCCUAUACUUUCAUGUUAAAUUAUAAAUCAAAUAAAUAACUAAAGCUUCAAGGACUGGGCUGGAACAUUCUUCCAAAAGGAACAGUUGAGGGGACAACACUUGACACAUUUGUGUCUACUUUAUCUAUGCCUCAGGCCUUCCAAGCCAAGUCCUUGUUCCUGUCCUGAUACCCUCGCUUGGCAGCCCUUGCAACCACAGUCAGGCAAAGAAACAUUGCAAAUCCCUCUACAUACAUAUGAGCGAGAAUGAUUAAUGAUUAAUACAUUGAUCAUGGGCCCUUAGUAUAUAGAAGGCUUAGAAGGAGAAGAAGUAUGUUAUAUCAUUUAAUAUGGUUAUGGACUUAGCUAAACCUUUAUUUGUGGUAAUCAGUAAUCCUGGGCUGGCAAAUACCAUCCACCGAAACAUCCACUUCCACCCAGCCCCUGCCUUCCGUACAUUUCCAUACUGCAAAAAAUAGCCACCAGUGGUGCAGUAGGCUUCAGACUCAGGAGAAGGUUAACUAUCCAUCUGACGUCCUAAUGGGCAGAAAGUAUGAUUUGGAAUUUGAAUAAAGAAUGGGUCCAGGGAAAAGUAUGCAGUUCAUCAGAAAACGCCCCAGGCCUGGACAUUUCCAGACCUUUCAGGGAUGCUGGGACAUUUGAUGCAAGCUGGUGGCCUUAUUUUAUUAUAAUGUUAUUAGUAUUAGUUAAUAUAUAACACAAUUAAAUAUGUAUAAUUUAUGGUACACUUAAAUUAUAAUACUAAUUAUGACUAAUACUAACAGCACUGAUCUGAUGGCAAGGAAUCUGAGUGAAGGCGGAAAUAAGAAGAAUUAGAUGGCACGAUGCUUGGAUGGUGUUUAAGAGUUGUUUUUUGUUUUGCUGUUUUUUUAGAGAUUUCAUUAACUUAUUAAGGUAAUGAUCAAUCUUCUUAAUUUUUAGGUUAAUUUGUUUAUCAAGUAACCUGGGUAAAAAUCAGUGUCUCCCCUUGAUAAUAAAUUUAAAUUUAUUUUAUUAUUUAUGAUUAUUAUUUUAUCAUUUAAGAAACAAAGAAAUUGGCACAUUUUCUAAUUACAAGUACUAGGCCAUAUCUUAGAAUUUAAUCUACACUUGAUUGAGUGUUGGGGGAAAAAUAUUUCACAAUCAAGAAAUCGACCCCUUCCCCACCCCACCCCCCCCCCCUUUUUUUUUUUCCUUAUUUAAACGUCCUCCUUAUGAUAACAAGGCAGGGUGUAAACAAUAGUUUUAACUAGCCUUGAACUUUGAAUUUGAAAAUAUCGUUUUUUAUAUAAUACUCUAUAAAUCUUCUCUCAUCAGUAUCAUUUCUACAGCUGAUUUGGAGAAAAUCCAUUCCUAGAAAGUUGAACCAUUAUAGCUUGUUUGUUUUUGUUUGUUAUUUUUAUAACAUUAGUUUUUCUUUUCACAGCUUGUUAAAAGAAAUGGCUAAUUUAUUUGUCUACUUCAGUCAUUUUUUAUCAUCAUGGGUAAGUUCAGUAUUUUUAAUGGGUUUUAAAAAUGAAUUUUUUUUUUACCAAUAAAAAAAUAGCUAUACUUGUAAGUAUAUUCCGUGUUUCCCAACGUGGGGCCCACGCCCCACAGGGGGCAAUUUGAUUGUUUAGAAGGGCAAUUUAAAAAUGAGCUGUCUAGAAUAUGGAAACCAACCGUCUACUAAGAUGUAACUGGUACCAUUUUUUGAAAAAAGAACAACAUUAAAGUCUCUAUUUACCGCUCUUACUGCAACUAUCAAUCGUACUAUUGAGGCUAGUUAUGAAUUUUCCUUACUCAUUGCUAAAUCUGGGAAAAAUAAUACUACUAUAGAAGAGAAUUUAAUCAAACCAUCAAUAACAGCAUUUCUUAAAAUGGUUCUGGAAAAAGAUGACAAAGACAUGAAAGCUGUGCCACACGUAAUCAUGUAACAAUACUGUUAGCAGAAGAAUAGACGAAAUGAGUGAAGAUAUUGUAAUACCACUUGUUGAAAAGCUGUAAACAAUUCUCAGUGCAAAUGGAUGAAUCAACUUUGAGAAACAGGCUAUAUUGAUAACUUACGUACAAUAUAUUGAUAAAGUGUAUUUUGCUGAAGAAAUGUUGUUCUGUAAAUCAUUAGAAAGCACCACUACCGCCAAAGAUAUAUAUAUAUAAUAAGCUAAAAAAAUUACUUUGAUGCCAAUAAUAUAUAAAUGAAAAAUAUAACAUCUUGUGCUGCAGAUGGUGCUCCUAACAUGAUGGGCAAGAAAAAUGGCUGCUUAAAAUUGAUGAAAGAUGAGAAUCCAGAAAAGCUACUUGUGCAUUGUGUUAUUCAUAGGGAAAACUUAGCUGCUAAAAAAAUUUAAUCUGUUCUAAAUGAAGCACUAAAUUCAGUUAUAAAGUGUAUUAAUGCUAAUAAAGCUAAUGCCAAACAGAACGUCUCUUCAAGCUGUUUUGUAAAAAACAAAAUGCAGACUAUGUGAGACUUUGACUUCACACUGUAGUAAGAUGGCUUUCGAAGGGAAUUGCUUGAAAUGAUUUAUGGAACUAUUUGAUUCUCUUGCGAUUAUUUUAAAUUGACAAACUUGAAAUGAAGUAUCUGUUAAUGGUCGAUGGUAAAGCAUUUGUGAGUUAUUUAGCCGAUAUCUUUAAAAAAACUAAAUAUAUUAAAUAACCAACUUCAAGGAACAAAUAAAACUAUUGUCGAUGCAAAAGCAAAGAUAUUUGGUUUCACUACCAUAAUUGAAUUAUGUCAGAAAAAUAUUUACAACAAAAAUUUUGAAACCUUUUAUUGGCUCCAAAAUGUGAAGUGACUGAUACCGCUAUACUUUUUCUGUCGAUCAUCUGAAUAAAUCAGCUGGAAAUAACACAACAGGGGGACUUGAGAUUGAAGCUAACUCUGUUGGACGCUAACAUAAAAUCUCUUUGCAGCAAGCAUCAAGCACAAACAUCUCACUAAAUUUGAAUAAUAAAUAAUUGCUAAUAAUUAAAAUAAUAUAGAAAAAUCUUUCAUUAAAAUUAUUUCAUACUUGAAUUUCAGUUCUCCAUUAAAAUUAAAAUGUUUAAAAAAUUUCCUUACUAUGUUUCCUCACCAAUUUCCUAGUGAUUUCUUCCUAAUACCUAUCAUUUAAGUUUCUUCAGUGAACAACCCUUUUUUUAAUAUUAAAAAUUGUGUAUAUGAUACAGGGGAGCAUAAGAAUUUUAGAAAGGCUUAGAAUGGCACAAAAAAGUUUGGGAAAUACUUGUCUAAUUGGUUGCUGCUCUUUUUCAGGGAGACCGCAUGUGGUCAUUUGGAGUUGGCUUGUUUUUAAUCAAAAUAAGCCCAGAAUCCCUUCAGUUAACAGCUGUUCAUGGACUUAGCAUGGGCCUAAGUGUCCUGUUCCUUGGGGCAUUGGUUGGUGAUAUUGUUGAUGAAACGCCUAGACUUAAAGGUAAAGCGAUACCAAUAAAGUUAAUUAUUUAAAAUAUUAAUGAUGUCAAAUAUGUAUUAUAAAAGACUUUUCCAUUCUCAUAUCAAAUGUUUAGGAACAACUUGAUAAUUAUAUACUCUACAUUGAUUGAUAAUUGCAAUUACUUUCUUUAUUAUUGAAUGUCUGACAUUUAGAAUGAAAUGUAUAUUUCUUAAUGUGCAUUAUACUGUGGAAACAUUAUGGCACAAGAUAACUGUUUGGGUUAUUUAGGAAUUUAAAUUCUGACUAAAUAAAAUAAAUUCCUAAUAUGAAAUUCAGAAGAAUCGGCCCAUACAAAAAAUCUCUAAAAACUGGGAAAUGGUGACUUGGGAAAGGAAAAAAAAAACUAUGGGUGCAAACUCAUACAGGAAACUUAUGUGCUGAAAAACUUUAACUACGACAAAGCAGCUUUCAUUAAAAGGUUAAUUUAUUAAACAAUAUAUUCUGAUAUUGGAUGUUAUGAGGCAUCCUCGCCUUCAAUGUGUUACAACCUAAAAAUCACAAUAAAAAUAUUUUUUUUAAAAUAAAAUAUUUGCACAGUUGAUAUUGGUGAAGUAAAACAAUAAAUAAAUUAGAUACUCCAUUUAUUUGGUAAUACAGGGGACCCUCAAUGUUUAUGAUGAAUCCGUUACAGAGGGAAGGAUCAAUAACAAAAGUAACGAAUAUCAAAGUAUUUUUUCCUUCUGGAAUUAACUAAAAAUAGCUUAUUACGUUUCCAGCCCCGAAUUUUGUUUAUCUAUUCUUUAACAAAAUUUACAACAAUAAGCAUGGGAAUUAACGCUUAACUCUAAAAUAAAACAAAACAAAAAAAUCUAAAAUAAUUACUAAAAAAAGAAAUAUGUAAAAAUCUGGUUCCAGAAUACCAUUGGUCACUUAUUUCUUUGAAACUUGCAUACUGUUUUGCUUUUGAAGAUUUAAUCUGUUUUAAUAUUUGCCUCAUAUAAUAAACAAUAUGUAAUGAAGGACUAAGAUAAGCAGUAUGCAAAGAAAAGGAUACCAAAGCUAGGGAUACAAUAUUCAAUUUAAUUAUGCAGUUAAAUUUCUAUACAAAUACAAAUUCAAAUUCAGAAGGAAAAAACAGCAAGUGAAAAGGUGAUCUCCUCAAAAAUACAAAUAUUCAUUUACACACAUACACAAUUAUAAAACCUCUUAAUAUGUGUUAGGAAACAUAGCUAAAAUCUCGCUUUCGUUCUGUCUCAGCUAAGAAACCUGUCGUCCUAUAUUCAUGGGGAUUAUAUCAGAACAAUCUACUAAAGAAAUUCUAGAAAUUGUGUCACCUGAUGGCAUUCUUUAGAACAAAUGGAGUGCAUUCCAAUGUAAAAAAAAAAAUUCUUAACCAAGGGACAGUUAGGUAAGGAAUCACAACCAAAUUUACUCUGUAACAUCAAUAUCAAGGUCACACUAGGGAGACAAGUGAUGGUGGCUAAAAUAGCUCUACAUUGAAGUAAAUAAAAAAAAUGGCUAAGAUGUAUGUGAUGCUAUAGCAAAAACAUAUCUCCAAAUCUCAUAAAAUAUUGAAAAAAUUGAAAAUAAAUAAAGUAGUUAACAAGAGUUGAAUGCAAGCACUUUUAAUCACCAUUCAAGACUGACUGACCCACAAGGCAAGUGGGAUGAGUAUCCUUUUUUCUGAUGAAUAUCAAACAAAACUUUUGACAAGGAAACAGGACGAAUCUAAAAACACAUAUUAACCUGAACGAAUAUCGAGGGUCCAAUGUACACUUCAACAAAUAUCUUUAUUUUCUCAUUAAUGGAAACAUACCAUUUUUUUCCCUGGUCUAAAGCGGCACAAACAGCACUUCUUCUACAGAACUUGUUUGUGGUGAUUUGUGCAGUUGUGAUUUACCUAUUCCUGAUGUUCACCCAGGAUAUAUUGGCGAUUGGGGAAUGGACAAGAUAUGCAUUUUAUGCUCUUGUUAUCUUACUUUGUGUCUUGUCACGGCUGACCAGCAUGGCACGCCAGAUUGCUGUUGAGAAAGAUUGGAUUGUGCAGAUGUGUGGCAAAGACACUGAUCUAUUAGCAAGUAAAAAUCUACAACAUUUCUUAUUGACAAAAUAUUUAAAAUAGAAGUAUUACCGUUAUUUCGAAGACAUUUGACUAGAACUAAAACGAAGAUAAAAUAAAGAAAUAUAUACCUAUAGCUGCUUGUAAUUUAUGUAUGUAAUUUUAAGUUCAUUCAUUUUUACAGCCACAAACUUUUGAAUACAAAAGAGUUGAAAUAAUUAACUGUAAUGUCCUUCCAGCAAUGACAUCAUUGUUGAGAUUCAUUGAUCUUACAACGCAAGUGUUAGCACCCAUAGCCACCGGUUUGAUAAUGUCCUAUGGUGGUGUGGAGUUCGGAGCACUGUUCAUUGGUGCUUGGAAUCUGGGAUCUGUGUUCAUUGAGUAUUAUUUUCUGUGGAAAGUUUACAACACUGUGCCUGCACUGAAGAAAAGAAAAGACCUUACAAAGUCCCAGGGUAUUCUCUCUCAUUUUAUGUAUAUGUAAGAGUAUAGGCUUUAAUUCUAUGAAUAAAAAUUGUAAUUAAUUUCACCAAGACAUAUUUGUUUUCAAGAAAUGGAAUGUCGAAUUGUCCAUGUUUAACUAUCUGUUAGGCCAAUGCCUGAGUCGGGUUCUUAAUGAACAUUUUAAGACGUUUAUGGUCUCUUAAUAUUAAAAUUUGCAACUUAAUACUUUUAAAUACUUGUAAGAUAAAAGCUUCAAUUUAGAUGUCUUCUAUUCUGCUAGAGCAGGCCUGCACAACUCAAAAUGACUUCAUGAAAAACUUGUGCGUGCCGUAAUACUUUAUGAAAAGCUUGUGUAGGCCGAAAGAUAAUAGAACGCGGGGGAAAGCUAUUAAGAAAAUAAUAAUAAUAAAGAAUAUCUUGUUACUUCGCGGGCCGCCAAGUGGGUGCUGGCGGGCCACAUGCAGCCUGUGGGCCGUAUGUUGUGCAGGCCUGUGCUAGAGAACUGUUAAACCUUGUUUAUAUUAAAAGAAAUUUGAAUUUUUCCUCCCCCCUGCUUACUAAUUUAAAAUUUCAUCAGAUUUGCUUAAUAGAAUGUAAUCAUCACUGAGAUGGUUCCUGUUUUGAGUUAAUGUUGAUUUCUUAAUGAUGAUGCCAUUAGGCAUUUGAAUUUCAUUGUCAUGAUCAUAUUUAUCAUUUUUCACUAUAACUCCAGCUGAUGAAACCAAAGUUGAAGAGGAGUUUGUGAACACUGGUCAAGCACAUGAAGGUUAGAAAUUAAAAAAUUAAACAAAUAAUUUUUUUUAAAAACAGUGGUUGAAAAAUAAACAAUCUAAUAUGACAAGGUUUUGACUUAAAAUUUGUUUAAUUUUGUUUAAAUUGGUAAAUUGCAAAGUAUUGUAAUCAGUAAUCUUUUUUCUGUUUGUGGAAUCAUAGUUUUUGAUAAAUUUUGAUAAUAAAAACAGAUGGUAAACUAAUGACCAACACAGAGGAAAUAAUCUCAAGUCCUGAAAAGGAAUACCUUCAAAAUGUCAAGGAGUCUGAUGUUGAUACAACUGUGCAGGUACAGUGCAAAUGAACUAUUUGUUAAUUUAUCUUAUGUAUAAAAGGGCCACUGGAUCUGAAAAUUGAUGCUGAUGAAAUACAGUUUCAUAUAUUAAAUAAUAUUUAAUAUAUGAAACUGUAUUUCAUCAGCAUCAAUUUUCAGAUCCAGUGGCCCUUUUAGCAUGUGCCCUGAAGACAUGGUGAAGAAUUUACACACUCUCUGCCGCUGUUUCUUUGUUAGUAAAUAGAGUGUUGGUGCAGUCUUUUAUUUUUGGUUGAGAGUUGAGGUGUAGAUCCUGAAAUGGUUGUGCAGUGGUAAAGGUGAUAUGUUAAAUGAAUGUUUCAUUUGUAGGUUUGCAGAUGGGGCACAUUGGUGUUUUAUCUAGCUUUAUGCGGUUAAGGUGGGAAUUAAGAUGGAUAUGCCCUGCGCACAGAGGAGUGAUUUAACAUGUCCGUGUCUUUGGACGCAAUUUAUUGUAUAUUUACAGUUUGAGAUGGUCAUGUGUGUGAAAACUCAUCUUCCUCUUCAGCCAUCCAUCGAACCACUAUUUUUUGUUUUGUUAGCUCUGAUAAUCUGCUUCACGGUGUUGAGUGAUGGAGGUGUGUUUGGGUGUUCUCUGGAUGCUCCUUGUUUGGCCAGUUUGUCUGCCCUAUCAUUAUCUGGUAUGUUGUGGUGUCCUGGUAUCCAUUGUAAGGCUAGCUUGACUGGUUUAAUUUAGAUAGGUUUCGAGGAAGGUGUUUAUUUUCAGAAGUAGUGAUUUACUGUUUUUGUGAGACCUUGAUGCUCAGCUGCCUGAAGUAUUUGCAGUCGGAGAAGAUAAUUAACGACAUUUCUGUCCUAGCUGGGAUAAAUUGUGAAGAUUGCAGAUAGGUGGUGUAAUGCUGCUUCAGUGGCAGUCACUUCUGCUUCAUAAUUACAGCAGAUUCCCCCACAUGGGUUACAGAGUUCAUCACUUGAUUGGUCUGGGUACUCUGUUUGUACGGUAUGUAGGGCUCCUUUGAAAGCUGAUCCGUCUUUGUAUUAUUGGAUUAUAUCCUCUGGGUAGGAUACCAUGGUUUUUCGGAAGCUAUCAUUGCAUGUAGCGGUCUGUAUUUUCUUUUUAUCUUUUCAAUCAGGUCUGUUUUGAUAUAAGCCGUUUGUAAAUGUUGGUUUAGAGAUAGGUCUUUAUGCAUGAUUUGCAAGUCUUCCCUGUCUCUUGGUAGUUGAUGUUUCUCUUGCAUUUCAGAGGCCACAUCUAGUAUUGAUUUGUUUAAUUCUAUGGUUUGGUCUUUCUUUUUUUAACAUUUAAAAAAAAUUUUAUUAGGAUGUUGCUUUUCUGGCCUUUUGUACCUUUCAUCCUUCUUGAUAACUGCUGUCUCUCUUCUAAGAUUUAGUGGCUCAAUAUUAGUAUGUAUUUUGCAUGCUGCUGUUAAGUUAGAUCUUAGAUCUCCCAAAAUGAAAUGGACUGCCUGGCUUUUUACUUUUCAUAGAGAGUCCUAUACUGUCUUGCUGCAAAUUGGCUUUAUCACAAAGCUUUAUUCCAUCACUUAUUGCACAUAUCCUAUGUAUGACUGGGUUGGUGUGGUCUUGUCAUUGCCCCAUGAUGCACUGGCCGGCCUUUUAAUAAGGUUUAGCAAUCCUGUGUAACUUUUCUUUCAAGUUUUGAACAUUUCUUUUUAAAUCAAGUUGCCUAUCUAACUGGACAUCUAUACAUGCUGGGUUGUCUUCUUUUUGUGGGGUAUGGUGCCUUUUAGGGAUAAUGUAAUGUUCUGUUUGGCUACAUUGUAGCUUUUUUGAGAAGACCAUGUAUCCUGUCUUGGUGUUGUUUACUCUAAAUUUCCACUUUUCACAGUAUGUACUGAGACUGAACAAUUCUUCAUUAAGGUGCCUUCCACUUACACCUGUGUGUCUGCAAGUGUGCCACACCACAAGGUCACCUGUGUAGAGUGUCUUCUCCAACUGUAGCUAGUCUGGUGGGCCAUUAAUGAUAGGGUACAACUCAGUGAUGAACCUUGUGGACACCCUUCUUCCUAGACACAUUUUGAUGAGGUGGCAUCAUUUACUUUUGUUUGGAUAGUACUAUCAGUAAGAACGAACUUUAACCAUUCGUACAGUUGACAAGUGUCCCUGCACUAAGCCUUUCUGCCAGAAUCUAUCAUGAGCCUGCUGGAGAUCAACAAAGGCUGCUGUUUUGUGCUUUUUGUCUCAGAAGCCAUUUAGGAUCCUUUGACUCUGCCUUGGUGUUUAUUGAGGGUGCCAGUUGUUUCUAGCCACCAAUAGAGGUGAUGGUUUUCCAAUGCAGGAGGUCAGGGAUAUCGGUCUAUAGCUUUUGACAUUAUUUGCAGCCUUUCCUUUUUUUUUUUUAAUAUUGGGGUCAUAAUGGCAUUUUUUCAGAUUUUAGGAAUAUUGCUAUUGCUCCAAGAUUUGCUUAUGAGAUCCAGUAUGUCUUUUUUUACCCGUUGGCCCAAAAUUCACCAGCAUGUCUUUAUGUAGGCUAUUUUAUCUGGGCUUGGUGCUUUUCAAGAUGUUAGUUUCUUGAUUGCUCUGUUGAACUUAUUGUGAAGAUCUCCUCAAAAAGGGAAAUGCUUACAUAAGGAGCUCUCUUUUUGGCCUUUAGGUCCCCUAUUAGGGAUUGGUCACUUUCUAUCUUUUUUUUUUUUGCCAUGUUGAUUGAGGCAAUGUGUUUGUUAAAGAUUUCUGCUUUAUUUUGAUCUUUCGUAUUUUUUCAUAGUACUUUGGUCUAUUUCCACCUUUCACUGCAAAGCUUACUUUGAUGGGACCAUGACCUAGGUCCUUUUUUGCGUAGUUUUAAUAAUUGUUGUUGUUUUGGCUUUCUUGAUAGCUAUUUUUGCUGUUGGUCUCAUUUAAAAUUAUUUAGUUUCCUAAAAGUUGGGUUAUUUUCUAAAGUUUUUAUGGCAGAUUCUCUGUUUUUUUAUGGCUUGUUCUAUAUUUUUGUCUCAGAAAAGUUUAUAUUUCCUGCUGUGACCUCUUGGAUACUUAGGGAUGCAGCUUCUAAUAAGUAAUAAGGCUUUGGUGAUUUUUUUUGCAGACUUUUUCUGUGGUGUCAUGGGGGAUAUUACUGAUCUGUUCAUUGCUUUUUGCUUUAUAUAAAUCCCAUUUGUUUUUUUUCAAAUUCCAGCGAGUUGUUUUAAAAUUCUUUUGAUUUGGUGUUGUUGGUGUCGUGAGCAUGGGGCAGUGAAAAUGCAGUCCAGACCCUCGCAGGUAUAUAUCUGAAGUAAUUCUGAAGAGUGGAUGGCUAGGCCAAGUCUGCUGGGUGUUUUACGAGCUCUGUGGAAAAGAGUAGGUGUCGCUUGUUUGUUCUGUACAGCGAAGAGCUUGUGGGUGUCCUCUGUUUUUUCUGUAUAGUGAAAACCUCGCAGAGUUAAUGAGUUCUUCCAUUGCCUUUCCAGUGUUGUUGUAAUUCUGGUAUCCCAAAUGAGGGGAGUGGCCAUUAAAAUCACAGACAAUCACAGUGUUGGAGUAAUGUGUGCUAUCUAGUUUGGGAAAGUUGAAGUUAUUUGUUGUAGGUUGUAUGUGUUAAAAACUGCAUAUAUUUUACCAUGGUACCAAACAGUAGUUUUUUGGAUAUCUGUGAGCUGAUCUGUGAGGAUUGCCUCAACCUGGCCUUGUUGAUACCCAUACAGUAAUGGCAUUUGCAAGUGUAAUGAGUAUACCCUCUGAUGUGUGGGUCUGUAUUGUGGUGUAAAGUUUCAUGCAGUAGCACUGUAUGUACUUGUUUCAUGUGCAGGAGCUGGCAAGACCUCUACUUUUUUUGUUUGAUUUCCCACAAAUGUUGAUGUGUAGGAUAUUUAAAUUUGUGUUUGUCUCAGUAGCCGGUUCUUGAAUUUUUUUUUUUUUGAUUGACAAGGCGACGCCUGAGCUUGAUUGCAUUUCUUUUUGUCUUCUUCUCCAUGGUUUUACUGGUUUUCUCUAUGGCUUUCCUUCCCUCCCAAAUCUAGAAGCUGCACACUGCAUGUCUCCACAUGGGCUGGGAGUCCAUGUUUACUGCAUGGAAGUCUUCAGUGUUGUGUCCUCGCUCAGUCGUGUCAUCCAGGCAGGAUUCACUAUUUGACCAUUCCCCACCACCUCCUACCACUCCAUAAUGCAUUGUUUGUUUAGGUCAUUUUAGUGCUAGAUAAGAGGAUUGUCAAGAGGAUUGGGUCAGUUGUUUCUGUGUGAGGAAUUUCAUGAUCCUGGUGACAGACAGAGUCACCUCGACCUUGCCACCACAGUAUUUUGGUAUGUCUCAUAUCACGACUGGGCCAUCAUAACUUCUCUGUUAACCAUAGGGGAAACUUUGAAAGGAGGAGAAUAAAGACUGGAAGAAGACACCUGCUCAAGGGGGAGUAGGGGCUGGGUUAGUGUAACAUGACAUGUUUUACACUUUCCUCCCAUAGGUCCAGUUAUACUGUUGGACAUUUGGUCGCACCUUAUAGGUCUCUGUUAAAAACAGGAUGGCCAGUAGACAUCGCCCAGUCAGACACACAAUUAAGGAGGAGAGGCCUCAUUUCAGAGUUAUUCAGAAGUGCUUUAGAUGAGGCAGCACCUGGGCAGUCACUACCUCUGAACAGAAGAUGCGUUGUCAUGGGCUUCACUUUUUUUAUCCUUCCAAACAUGGGGGCUCUCUUUCAUUUGUCUCACAUUCUUUCAAAAAAUUUAUAAAAUAUGUGUUUCUGACUUAAUCUACAAAAUUGUAUGUUAUAAAUUUGAAAAAUAUUUGCGCAUUCAUUAAAAGUGUAAAUGGAUAGUCAUUGAUUUUUACAGGGCUUUAUAUCGAAGCGUUGUGGAAACACUAACUAAAAUGGAACUUAAAUGUUUUUUUUAAAUGUCAUUAUUAUCAUUAUUGGCUUAUCUUCUUAACAUUCUUGUUAAAGGAUUCUGAAGAUGUGGGUAACACAGAACCAACAGUAAUUAAAGAGAAGAAUGUAAAAAAUUCUCAUAAGAGCUGUAGAUGCACACGGAUAUUCAGCAGUUUGGAAAGACUCUACAAAGGAUGGCCAGUUUAUGUGCACUAUGACGUACGACACGCAGGCUUGGCAUUGGCUUGUCUGUACAUGACUGUCCUUGGUUUUGACAGUGUCACUGUGGGUAAAGAAAUCUUUUUUUCAAUUUUAAGCAUUUGAUACUGUACAUGUCAUUUUGUAUUAUUAUUAUAAUUUUAAAAAAUGUUUACUUAAACAAUUAGAAAGUAGAAGGCUCUAAUAAAUCUUUGACUAUACACACAUCCCAACCCAUUACGAUCAAACAUAUAAAGGUGGGGGGUUGUUUGGGGAUCAUCUUUGAGUACACUCAAAGCAAAUAAAAGGAAAAAUAGCUUGCUGAACUUAGUUGUACUGGGGCUUCACGGUGGAUUGCAAAAUUAUGUAACACAGGUACUUCUUAAGUAAUGCAUGUACAAGACAACAGUUAAAGCUGCUGAUCAAAUAAAUUUAAAGAAGAUUUUUUAAAAAUAUGUUUAAAAAUAAAAUCUUUGAAAGAAAUAUUUAUUUUUCACAACUUAUAUACAUUUAUUGUAAUAAAAUGACUUAAAAUUAUAUCAACACAGGGUAUGCAAAAAUGCAAGGUUUGACAGAAGCAUUAGUUGGCGGCACCAUGGGUGUUGCAGCAUUUUUUGGUAUUUUUGGUACAGUCAUGUACCAAUUCAUGAGGCGUGGACUAGGCUUGCAGAGAACAGGAAUGUUUGGGCUCUCCCUGCAAAUAUCAUGUCUCACACUUUGUGUGGUGUCUGUUUGGAUGCCUGGAACUCCUUUUAACUUGUCACUUGAGGAAAAGUCAAAUGCUACUCUUCAAGCUGAUCUCAACUGCACACAGGGUAAGGCAUGCUUAUGGAGGAAAUUUAACUGUAACAUACAUGUUUUUUUUUUAAAGUAUAGAAGUAUAAGUUGCACAUAAAAAUGAACGAUAACUGAAUUAAAUGAGAAUGAACUUUUAAACAUGGAACACUCCAGUUAAGAAUAAUCGAACUCUGGGCUACAUUAGUACAAAUAGCUUGUAGUAGUAAUGGAAAGUCUCAUCUUCAGGUCAUAUAAUAUAUUAUCAGUGUCUUUUAUGAAGUAGUUUUUUUCUUUAAUAAUGAUAUCAUUUUGCUACCUCUAUUGUUAUAUUAUCUUUGCAUUAAGACUUGACUUUUAAUCAAACAAGGCAGAUUUUAAUGUAAAUUUAUUAUAAAUUGCUUGAAUGACUACAUUUUACAGAUAGUGACAGUGGAAAUGAGACAAACAACUGCAUUCCUCUAACAUCCAACAUAUCUAUAUGGAUGCUACUGGCAGGCAUUGUAACAGCAAGGUUUGGUAGGUUAAUCUUUUUUUUUUCUUUUUUUUAUUGCAUUUGACAAUUAUUGUGCAAGUGUUACAUUAUAAGAAUAUUGGCUGCUGCUAACUAAGCAAUUAGCCUUUGCAGUUUGUCAACAGGCCUCAGAGCCUAGAACACACUGCUGCGUCAUCUGUCUUCAAAUGUUAGGGGAUAGUUUCAAAUAGUCAAUAAUGUUAACUGUAUGGCCAUUUUUUGAGUCCGCUUAGACAUCUGAUGUUUAUCCAACUCUGGGUUACAUGGGUGUCCUGGUUGCUUAGGAUAUUAAUUAGGGUUUCCCCCCACUCUUAGAGAGACGUGGGCUGACUAAUCCAUUCCUGCAAGUUUAGUCAUUGGGGUCACGCACAAGACUUAGCUAGUGGUGACACUGAAUUUAUGUGAUUCUGUAAAUUUCUGAUCUCUACAGACACACUACCGGUACCAUUUAACCACACUGCCACUCUUCACUUUUAAAUGUAAGAAGUAUGCCGGAUGUUAGCCAAAAUUAAUAUUUGUGAAGUAGUUGCUAUAUUUUUUUACACACUUAUUCUUAGGUUGCUCUGUCCGUUAGUUUGUUGUGGAAUCUUUGCACCACAAUUUUGACACACUUCCUGGCCAGCAAAUUAAUCUGAAACCUUGUACACUUACCCACCCCGGAUUACAAUACAACCUAUCAUGAUCUGUAGGUCACCACCGAACCCCCUUAGUGACUUCUGUGUGUCAAAUAUUGCAUAUCAGUUUUGACUUUCUGCCCGAUCUUCAACUGAGCUGAAACUUUUGUACGCUUAACCAAUUUCAUCUUAAGGCAUGGACACACUGGACACUGGCCCAGAGCUUCAAGGAGGCCUCAUGCUUCUAGGAGACUAACUCUUUUAGAGGCAUCAUGUUGCACAUAUUGUUAAGGAGUUAAUGAAUAUUGAAAGAUUUAGACAAUUUAAUUUGAUUUAAAAGUAGGUGGACAGCAUGUUUCCCAUUUUUAGCUUACGAUAUUAUCGGCACAUUCCAAAAUUAAUAUAAUGAAUGAGAAUCACAAAUGGGACACUUCUUAAAGUGGAAUAACUCUCCUUAACAAGUUUUACUUCUCCCAGAUAUGAAUCGAAAAAAAAUAAAGUAGGCUAUGCAUUUUUGUAUACAAAUAGAACCAGGUUAGACUAAGAUGCUGGCCUUGGGUGGUAAUAACCCUAGAUAUUCCACUGCUCAGUAGUAAAAUUAAUGGAGAAAAGUCUACUCUAGCACCAUUUAAUUAACAUUAUGUAAGGGAAUUUGUAGGUCACCAAUAAAUAAUAAUUAUUAAUAAAAAUAAAUUUCUAAAAAAAAGCCCAAUAAAUUUAUAUUUUCUAAACUAAAAAAUAUAUUGUUUUUCUCCAUCUAAAAAACAUAUUUAGAUGAUAAAUAAAACCCAACACUCACCAUCUGUGCUGAAGGCAGAAAUAUAUUGGCAUUUAGGAAUAAUUUGUCCUCACUGUUUAAAUAAAGCCCAUGAUCAUGUUCAUCUUAGAAUGUUCAAAUAUAGAGAUCGAUUUAAUUACCUCUACCUAACAGUCAUUUCCCAGCAUUUGUUUUUAGUGAGAGCCCUUUGUUUUUGAAAGAACAGAUGCAUCCAUUUUUUUCAAGACAUGCGUUUAUUUUUUUAAAUGAUCUUUUAAACGAAUUACCGCUAUUACAACAUAAAUAUUUGUAAUAAAUUAAUGUUUCUAUGUGUAUAAACCUUUAUAUGAAACACAGUUUUGUGAGUGGAGCACAGAAGAGAAAAAGAGGUGCAGAGGGUACAAGGAAAAUGGGUAAACUUGCAAAAUUAACAAUUGGGUUAAAUCCAAAUGAAAUUGCAGUUACUACCGUACAGCUCCAUAAAAUACAGUAGUGUCAUCUACAUCAACUAUUGGAUCCAGUUUCAUACCAACUGUUUCACCUGCUGGAAAAAUUGUACAAGAUGAAACACACAAAGGUGUGUGAGAAAACGAGAGUGUAAUUCACUACACAGAUCCCUGGCUAUGGAAUAUUAAGAGUAUUGUACAGUGGAAUACUGGAGCAUUGUGUCAGAAUCAUAACAGAAGAGCUGGAGAAGAAAGAACUAUAACAAGCUAUUUAUCAAGGAAUAAGUUCAAACGUGAAAUCCAUUUAGGGGAGUCUUUAAAGUGCAAAUGGCUACUUUAUUCACCAUCCCAGAGCUGUUUGUAUUGUUUUGCAUGCCAUCUAUUGUCCAAGAAAGAAUCUCCCUUUGCUACAUCAGGAUUCAAUGACUGGAAACAUAAGCUUAUUGUAGAACAUGAAAAUGGAGAAGAUCAUCAUAAGAAUAUGACUGCAUAUUUGCCUUGAUGCAAAGAGACUGUCUUUAGAUCCUUUAUUAAUCAAACAUUAUAGGUCAGAACAGAAGUACUGGCAUAAAGUACUGACACAUUUGGUUUCUCAAUUCGCUUUCUUACCCCCAGAGAUUUGUCAUUUUGUGGAGAUAAUUAAAAAAAUGUAUGGUCAGCAAACAAAGGAAAUUGUUUAGGUAUUAUAGAGUUGUUGAGUGAAUUUGACCCUUUUUGACUUUUGGAAGAGUAUCUAUAUCUAUAUGGAGAUGCUGGAGAGAGGAACACAUCAUAUAAUAUGUCUGCAAAUAUUUGUAAAGAAUUUAUUGAAUGGGGCAACAUGUCCUUUAUGCUAUUUUGGACGAAAUUAAAAAGUCCAAGUAUUGUUCAAUAUGUCUGGAUUCUUCUUCAGACAUUUCAUACAUUGAACAAAUUACAUUUAUGGUUCUGUACAGUAAAGUCUGUGAAACAUUUCGUGUUCAUUUACAUAUUUUUCCAUGGAGCAAAGGAUCUAUCAGACAUUGAUAUGGAUUUCCUGAAUGAGAACAAAAUUCCGCUAUCAAACUGCCAUGGUCAAUCGUGGGCCAAUGCUUUAAAUACGUCUGAACGCUACACUGGAUUGCAAGCAGGGAUACAUCAACUGGUUGAGUUUUCCCCGUGUGUCCCUUUGGCUGGAUACAGCCUGAAUUUAUUGGGUUUAAAAGCGCCCCACACCUUUUUAGUCAUAUAAUUGAAAUAACUCUCAAUUUGUGAAGGACAUUUAUUUUAUACGUUUUGGUACAUUUUUGGAAAGCUUUGUAAGAAACAAGCUUUUCCAAAAAUGUACCAAAAUUUGUAAGAAACAAGUAUUUUUUUAUUUUGUUUUAUUGUGUAUUAAAGAACUUGCUAUUUUGAAGGCAUUGACAUCAAGUAUGUUUGUUUUACUGGGAUCACUUAAUUAUUUAUAAAAGGAUUUUUUAAUUGAUGUUUAAAUUAUUUUUUUUCAUUUUCCAAAGGUUUGUGGGUGGCUGAUUUAUCCAUUAGCCAAAUCUUCAUGGAGUCAGUGCAAGAGAAAGAAAGAGGGAAGGUUAAUGGAGUUCAGAAUUCUCUGAACCAGCUUAUGGACAUGCUGAAGUAUCUCAUGGUUGUUUUAGCUCCUCACCAACACCAAUUUGGAUUACUUGUGAUUAUAUCAUUUUGUUUCAUAUGCCUCGGAUGGCUGUUCUAUGCAUAUUAUUUGAGAAAAAGUAGAGGUCAUUUCUUCCACUUUGAAAAGUGUGUUAUAUCGGGUGACAGCCCUGGUUGAAACUCUUAGUGCACAAAUUGUUAGUAAAUGUACUAAUCUGUUCUAGUGUUUUAUAAGAACACUUAUGAGACACCAAUAAUUAAAAAUACAUUCCAGAGACUUUUCAAUGGUACAUAAGUAUUCCAAUAUUUUUUAUUUUUAUAUUUUUAUAACUUUUUUACCAAAGCAUAAAGAUAAAGGUGUUUUGUUUAUCUACUAAUACUACUAAUAGUUUUUCAAAUGAAAUGCUUACAAAAAAUCUGUGCACAAAAAAAAGGAUGCAGAUUUUCUUGCAUUUAUGACAAAAUUUAUACUUAAACUUAAAAGUAUUGCGAUGCCAAUAAUUCACUAUUAUUUUUUUAUAAUUUUUAAAAUUAUACGUAUCAGUUAAAAACAUUAUUAACUAUGGUAUAUAAAUUUACAUUUUAAAAAAUUCCUUAAUUAAAAUUCUUCAUAUCCUAUAAGAACUGUAUUGUUAUUCUUUUUGUCUUUUUUUUUUUUACAUAUUUUAAAUUGAUCUAUAUCUGCAGACCUGUUUACUCUUACGAUUUUGGCAUACGAUGUACGAUUUUGAGUUGUAAACAUUACAUAUACUGUCUGUUUAUUUUUUUACUAUUAUGCUAAUGUAUUGAACGAUUUUGUGAUAAUAUUGUACGAUUUUAAGAGUUUUAGGGUAAACAGGUCUGUAUCUGUAUAUGUGCAGAGGUAAUAAUCUCUUUUUACUGAAUCCAUAAGAUAGAUGUGCAUUUAAGUUUUAAUCCAUUUUAAUGUCAAUAAUUUUUUAAAUUAGUAAUAUUUUUAAAACAAUGCUGGUGAUUCUGCUAAUACUGUUUUCUGUAUUUUAAACCAGGAAUUUGUUCAUUUGACAGAAAGUUACAACAAAUCUGUAUUUAGCAUUAUUACAUCUCAAAAUUAUGUGGAAUCCAGUGUACUUUUUAUGUAGGGCCACAAAGGAUAAGGGAAUGUAUUUUUUUAAUUGAAAAAACAAAUAUGUAACCUAAAAUGUUAUUUCUUUGCCUCUUAAAUGUAUGAAUCUAAAACAACAAAGGUAUUUACUUCCAUUGUUGAAACUUAAACAUUAUCAAUAAAAUCAGUAAAUUGCAUGUUAAAACUCUCUAUAUUAAAACAUAUAUAUAUUUUUAGAAAUGAUUUUUGGAGCUAAUUAUAUUUUUAUACAAAAUAUUUCUAGCAAAUUUACACCUGGCUGAUGCCAUGCUUGUGUGAAUCCAUCCCAUCCCCUUUAGAUUGUGCACUGCAUUUUUACUAGAAUGUUAUGACAUGUACUUUUAAAAGCAAGUUGUAUUUAAUUUUAAAUGCAAGAAUCUCUGGCACUAUGUUCCUCAAAUAUUAUGUGUAUACUUAGGCCUAAUGAUAUUAAAAAUGCUUUUUUUAAAUAUUUUUAGUUAGGUAACUGUUCUCAUGUUACUAGAAAUAAUGUUUUAACUCAUUUACUUACACUAAAUUACAGAAACUUCUUAAAAUUCUUUGAAAAAAAAAGUUAUUUUUGUAUAUUAAUGUGCCAGAAAAGUCUCCACCUGAUGAUGAAAGAACAUCUGGAGUCAGUUUUAUUGUCGAACCUAUUUACAUGUUAUU